CUCAAUUCUAACAUAACCUCAAAAUAAGAAUUAUUUAAAUCAUUUUUAUUUUGUUAUAAAAAUGUUAAGAAACUCUUUUCAAGUAUUUCGUUUAACAAAAACAUCAAUUAGAGAGUCCUCAACUUUAACUUCUCAAAAAUGGGAUCUUAUCUCGGCUGUCUGCAUCGAAAGACGGCCAACGUUAGCUCCGCCAUCGACGGGUUUACAAGAAAACUUUAAAAAGUACUUGGAUAAAGUCGAAUUGGAAAGGAGUCAUAAAUCCAAUCAUGAAAUAAGACACGAACAAGAUUUGAUACAAGCGGAGCAGCUUAAAAAAGGUGAUGGUGAUGUUGAUAUGGCGUUAAAACAAACUGCCCAAGAUUUUUUUGAUGCUAGUAGAGAGGAAUUAAAAAGAUUUAAAGUAGCUGAAAAAAUCACCGAGUGUGAUAAGAAAAACAAUGUUAAAUCGUUAAAUAGAAAACUUGAUAAACAUUUAGUGUUUGUUAUGAAACAAAAAAUUGGUAAUAAAGAUCAUUAUUUGUUACCACAAGGUCUUAGGAAGGAUGGUGAAAAUAUGCGACAGGCUGCCGAUAGGGUAAUUAAAGAAACUUUUGGAGGUGAUUUUAAAGUUCAAAUUCACGGUAACGCACCUUGCGGGGUUUACAAAUAUAAAUAUCCAGGGAACCUAAAAGAAAAACAAAGUUGUGUGGGUGCUAAGAUUUUCUUUUAUUUUGGUCGAUACACAAACGGAAAUAUUAAUAAGCAAAUUUCCGAUUACAAGUGGCUGGAUAGAAAUGAAUUAAAAAAUGAGUUACAUAAUGGUUAUUAUGAGAGGUUAUCACAAUUUUUAAUAGAUGAAAAUUAAUUUAUUUAAAGUUAAAAGUGAUAAUUCAUUUAAAGAUGUAUGUUUGGUUGCAUACAUUUUGACAUUUAAUUAAUUUUUUUAAUAAUCUUACAAUAUUCUUGAAGGGUUGAGUAAUAAAAGAUUAUUUAAACUCAAAUAGAAAAAUUUUUUAUAUUUUUAA